AUGGCUUACUCGAGACCAGAAAACGAGUCUCCCUUCCUCUUCCCCAAAUGCGAAUCCUCUGUUUUACCGGACCCGUCACGUUUCUUCAGCAACCAUCUCCUCUCAACAAACCCUCUCCCUACUAAUUCAUUUUUCCAAAACUUCACUCUCGGCAAAGGCGACACCCCUGAGUACUUUCACCCUUACCUCAUCAAACCGGGGAAAUCCUCACUCUCCAUCUCCUACCCAACUCUGUUUCAAAACUCUGACUUCUUUUACCAACUUUUCAAAUCAGACAUCGUCAUCUCCGGUUCACACGUCCACCAAACUCAUCACAUCUCUUCGUAUAGCGAUCUUGGCGUGAAUCUUGAUUUCCCUUCCUCUAAUCUCAGAUUCUUCCUCGUCAGAGGAAGCCCUUUUAUCACAUUCACUGUCUCAUGUAACUCCUUUACAAUCUCAACAAGCCACGAGUUCGUGUCCUUUUCCGGAAACAGCUUAUCUACAAAGUACACAGCAAAGCUCAACAACAACCAAACUUGGUUGAUCUACGCCUCUUCCCCUAUUAACCUAACCAAACACGACAACUCCUCGAUCCGUUCUCCUGGCGAGUUUUCCGGUUUAAUCCGAAUCGCUGUCUUACCUAACUCCAAACCAGAUUUCGAACCGGUUCUCGACCGGUUCAGCCGCUCUUACCCAGUUUCAGGCCACGCGGAUUUCACAAAGCCAUUCACCUUAGAGUAUAAAUGGGAGAAGAGAGGCCACGGAGACCUCCUAAUGCUCGCGCAUCCUCUUCACCUCAAGCUCCUAACAAAAGACAACGAAACAGUCACAGUAAUGAAAAACAUCAAAUACAGAAGCAUCGAUGGAGACUUAACCGGCGUUAUCGGAGAUUCAUGGAUUCUUAAACCGGACUCUGUUCCAAUAACGUGGCACUCACUCAAAGGAGUGAAACAAGAUUCCUCACGCGAUGAGAUCAUCUCAGCUCUCAUCGAAGACGUUAUCGCAUUAAACUCUUCGUCUCCUGUCUCGGAUUGGACUUACCACUACGGGAAAGUGAUAGCGAGAGCAGCGAGGUUGGCUCUGAUCGCUGAAGAAGUCUCCUAUCUCCACGUGAUUCCAGCUAUCAGUGAAUACCUAAAAGACAUGAUAGAGCCGUGGCUAGACGGUACUUUUAAACCAAACUCGUUUGUGUACGAUUCUAAAUGGGGAGGCUUGAUCACCACGCAAGGAGCUAAAAAUGCACGAGAAGAUAACGGUUACGGGAUUUACAAUAACCACCAUUAUCAUCUAGGUUAUUUCAUCUACGCGAUUUCUGUGCUUGUUAAGAUCGAUCCUUUGUGGGGGAUGAGAUAUAGAUCUCAUGCUUACACUCUUUUGGCGGAUUACAUGACGUUGGGGAGGAGGAAGAAGAGAUGUGAUGGUUUUGAUUAUGUUUUCCCGCGUUUGAGGUGUUUUGAUUUUUAUAAACUGCAUUCUUGGGCGGGUGGGUUGACGGUUUUUGAUGACGGGAGGAAUCAGGUGGGGCCGAGCGAGGCUGUGAACGCUUAUUACUCAGCUGCUUUGUUGGGUUUGGCUUAUGGUGACGUGGAUCUUGUUGCGGUGGGUUCGACGAUUAUGUCGCUUGAGAUCCACGCUUCCAAAAUGUGGUGGCAGGUGAAAGAAAAUGACUCUAUAUACCCAAAAGAUUUCACGGCCAAGAAUCGUUUGGUUGGGGUAUUAUGGUCUACGAAGAGAGACAGUAGCCUAUGGUUCGGGGAUAGGGAGUGGAAAGAGUGUCGGCUUGGUCAACAGUUAUUACCGUUGAUUCCGGUUUCAGAAAUCCUCUUCUCCGAUGUGAAAUUCGUGAAGCAGCUAGUGAAGUGGACUUUGCCUGCGUUGAAGAGAGACGGCGUUAAAGAUGGCUGGAAAGGGUUUGUGUAUGCAUUGGAAAGUGUAUACGACAAAUAUGAAGCGUUAGAGAUGAUUCGAGGAUUACGUGAGUUCGAUGAUGGCAACUCUCUCAGUAAUCUAUUGUGGUGGGUUCACUCUAGAGACUAG